AAAAGUAAAUAGUGUGGUUAGGCUGUGGUGGUACAGAAUUUAAAAAAUUAUAAAAUAAUAAAUUAAAAUCAUGGGUUACAAGAGUGAUUUAAAACAAUUAUUAAAGCCGUAUUACUGGGUGAAUAUUUUGCUCAGUGUGUCGUACGUUAUAUCAAAGAGGACGGGUUUAAUUUGUGAAUUCUUAUUUCCAAAUGCGGAUUGUGAGCUGGAUAGUCGCGAAACGGAAAUAUUAUUUUUCUUAAUUAUAGUGGUGAUGCUACGUACAAGAAAGGCAGGAAGUGUGACAAUGGUCAAUUAUUUGUCAUCCUCUUUCGUAUAUACGAAGAUAGCUAAUCUAAUUUUGUGGCUGUAUGCAGAUAUAAGGUAUGGUCUACCGUUCGGUGCAUUACUGAUUCUAGUAGGACUACUUCUUCCUGAGCCUUCAUACAGCGGCCCAGAGCUGAUCACCUAUUUCAGGGGCACGCAGAUAUUGGAUGAAGAGCUGAAACACCACAAGGGCACUACAUGGCUGGUGUGUUUGUAUGCAGCCUGGCAUCCGGCAUGCGUGACAUUCGCGCCGGUGUUCGCUGAGCUUUCUGCUAGCUAUAGUCUGGAUAAUUUGAAGUUUGGGAAGCUUGAUGUUGGGAGAUAUCCGGAAGCAGCAGCCAGGUUCAGGGUGCAGGAUGGUCCGACAAGUCGUCAGCUGCCGACCCUAAUGCUAUUCAGCGAGGGUCGGGAGACGAUGCGGAGGCCUCAGGCAGAUCACACCGGAAAAUUACAGAAGUUCUUGUUCUCAAAGGACAACUUGAAAGCAGCUUUUGACAUCGAUGGUCUUUACGCCGAAUGCAAAACGAAGCUCGCUGCUAAGAAGAAGAUAGAGAAGACGGAGUAAAUGAAGUGAUUAUGAAGAAGAGGUGCACGUAGAGAUUACUAUUGAUAUAAUUUGACGUUAUUAGUUGUAAAGGUCGGACCGCAUUAGAGCGGUGCAGCGCGGCGCGUCACUUCACGUCGCUGGACGGUACCUAUUACAACUGCAGUAAGCGGCAGCUCGCGUCAUUUCUAUAGCAGUACGCGUGCGAGCACCGUUACAAGAUGAACGAUGAGGAAUUGGUUGUUAUUUCUUUGUUGUGUGCAGAAAAAUAACGAAUUAUGCACGAAAACAAAUAAGAAGAUAUGGACUGCUGACAUACCAAGGUCUCGGUAUCAAGAAGUCGAAGGACACCUAUAUGUUUCCUCACCUUCUUAAUUUUUCAUUUCACACUUACUUCAGAAAGUCGAAGACAAAAUUCUAUAAACUUAACAAUUAUUAGUACGCACACUGAAGCGACGCGCCGCUUGCCGUGUCGCACUGAGCGUCGCUGCCCUGCGAGUCGCGGCGCUGCGCGUCAAAAUAUUCUCUCGGAGGCAACUCUGUCGCGACGCGUAGUAACACGCAGUGCAACACCUGUAUAAUAUGACAUACACCAUACGAAAUAAAAUAAUAUAACUUUAUUCCGCUCUGUGUGGUGAUGCGCUGAGCCGCUGUAAUGCGGUCCGGCCUUAAGUCUUAAGUUGGAAUUUGUAAAAGAUCUGACUGAAAGCUUAGAUACAGUAUGUCUGAUGAGAUACUAUUUAAGUAGAGUACUCGUAAUUGUGUUUAAGGCUUGUAAUUUUUAUUCUAAAAUGCCAAAUAUUGAGAUGAAUUCUUAUCGCCCUCGGAUUUCAUUGGUUUAUGAGUUUAUAGGAAAAUAAACCAUCUUAGAAACAAAGUAAGGUCAAGACUGGGUGAGGGAAUAGUGUGCCAUUCGGCACACUCGAUUUUCGGCUAUUUGUUGCCGUAUGACCAUUUUGAUUGUGAAGGUUAAUUCAGAAAUAAAUCAUUAUUCAUUUUGGCCAAAAAAUGACACGUCAAUGUCAAAGUGUUACAAACAUGUAUGAUUUUUCUUCUCAUUAAGCCUCAACCUAUUUGAAGUGGUAGUGUAUGGUAUAUUUUACAUGUGUCGUGUUUUGACAACUAAUUAAUUUUGACAUUAAAACAGGAUUGUACCCUUACCUUGCUAGUUGACGUAAAUCUGACGUAGAUAUAAGCUUGUGUUCAUUUACUGUAAGUAUAGUCUUAUUCAUUUAUAUAUAGCACUGAAAUAUAUAUAAAAUUAACCCCUAUUUCUCCUGGUCACACUAUAACUUGAGAACGGUCUUACCAAUUUUAUUCAUCUUCUUUUAAAUGUUUUCGAAUACUUCGUACAAAGUUCUUACAUUGAAAAAUUUAACAAAAAUGCGCAGAAAAUUCAAAAAAAUAAAUAAAACAUAACGAUUUUUUAUAAUAAAAAUGAAAUAACUGUCAACUGUUUGGCAGAUCGUACACCGCCAGGCUUAGAUAAUAAAUUAAUUCGUUUUUUUUUUAAUUUUGAACAGAACAACGUCUUUCGGGUAAGCUAGUACUGAAUAAAGUUGACAAAACAGCACAAAAUGUUGUUAGACGCCAUAUUAUUUUAUUAAUUAUGCCAUGAGUAGAAUUUUAAGUAUUACGCCGUAGAGAUAGUUGAUUAAAAUUUAUAGGGUACAAGUAAAUUGAUUAAAUUUUAAAAUAUAUCAAGGGAUUUUUGUUUCAGUGACAUAUUUUAUCAUCUUGGUAAAAUUAUUUUUA